AUGAGCAAGCUCCGGCAGCUCUCGCCCGAGAAGGUGAUCCCGUCGCCACUGCCGCUCUACAAGCUGCCCGCGGAGGCCAAGGUGCCCAAGACGGGAUGCCCAUCGCGGCCGUCGCGGCUGCGCGUUGUCCGGCAUGUGCACUCGAGCCCGUCCGAGCCCGAGCCCAUUCUCAAGGAAGCGGCCAAUGACGACGACGAGAAUGACGACGAUGACGGCGACGACGACGAGACGACGUCGAUCACGACCGUGUACAACUACUACGAGCCGGCGCUCAAGCACAGCGAGGCGCCGUCGACGCUCCGCUUUGAUUCUGUUUUUGAGAGCGGGAACCUCCUGCGCGCCGACCGCGUUCGGUAUCAAAACCACCGCACGCGCGACGAGUCUUACCACGAGUACGACCUCUAUGUGCACCCUGACAUCAACAACAGCGCGUACCGCCAGUGGUUUUACUUUCAAGUGACCAAUAUGGUCGUCGGCGUCGAGUACCGGUUCGCGAUCGUCAACCUCGCGAAAAGCGGCGCGUUGUACCAAUCGGGACUGCAGCCGGUCGUCUACUCGGAGGUUGCGGCAGCGGCACAUGGGACCGGGUGGGUCCAUGGCGGCUUCCACGUGCGCUACGACGCGUCCGAGCGCCAAGAAGGCUCCAACACGCUCCGCUUUAGCUUCGUAUUUGCUAAUGCCUCCGACUGCGUCUACUUUGCAUGCAUUCACCCGUACACGUACACCGAUUUACUGGACUAUUUGGACGCGCUCGAGAGCGACCCGGUGCGAUCGGCCGUCUGUCGUCGCACCGAACUCUGUCAAACGCUUGCCGGUAAUUCCUGCGACCUGCUGACCAUCACGUCGCCGGCCAAAGAGGGCGGCCUCCCGCUUGAUGCGCGUCGAGUGAUUGUCAUAUCGGCCCGCGUGCACCCGGGCGAGUCGAACAGCAGCUUUAUGAUGAAAGGCAUUCUCGACUACCUGACGAGCGCGGUGUACGGUGCGGUCGUAUUGCGACGGCAUUUUAUCUUCAAAAUCGCUCCGAUGCUCAACCCGGACGGCGUCAUCAACGGCAACACGCGCGUGAGCCUUGCAGGCUGGGAUCUCAACCGCAAGUGGGCGUACCCGGUCGAGAAGCUCUUUCCCACUAUCUUUCACCUCAAGCGGCUCAUUUCGAGCUUCCAGCGGCCACAGCCGAGCGGGCCGCCGCGUGUAGCGAUCUACUGCGACCUCCACGGCCAUAGCAUCCAGCGCAACAUCUUUACGUACGGCUGCUACAAGUCGAGUCGACGGGGCAAGGCGGUGCUUAAAAUGCACGCGAAAGACGACCCGCGCGUGUUUCCCAUGAUCGUCGCCAAGCAAAGCGACUUGUUUUCGUUUUCCCACUGUAAUUUUAAAGUGCAGGCGUCCAAGCUCAAUACAGCGCGCGUCGUCGUGCACCAAGAGCUCGGUGUCAUCAACAGCUACACGCUCGAAGCGUCGUUCUGCGGCCCCGAUUUUGGCGCCAAAAAGGACACCCAAAUGUCGAUUGCGGACCUCGAGGCCAUGGGCGCGACGUGGUGUCAAAGUCUCCUUGUCUACUACGAGCUACACGCAAUUGAGAGUUCCGGUCCAUCGGUCGGCAGCGUGCCGGUCAUGCCAACACCGGACCCACCGCGAGAUGUCGGCCAUCCCCGCGUCGAAGACAUGACAACGACGAUCCGGAGGAACCGACCAUCACAUGGGACCCUGGUCUCCUCAACGACUGCGAGUGCUUGCUGGAUGCGAUGAAGCAGCAUGACGACGACGACGCCAAUGCACAGGACGUCGACUCGGACGUGUCGGACGCAGCGAACAACCCGAUCCCACCCAACAACGAACCGGAACUGUACCGCCCCAAGAAGACCAAGACACGAAAACCAAGAAAAGAAAAAGGCAAGCACAAGAAGAAGCUCAAGAAGCGCAAGAAAGUGCUGCUGCAAGGCACCAACGGCGGCAUCCUCGUCCCUACGAUUCCCGUGCCGCUGCCGGGUGCUAUGACAUACCGCGAUCCGUCGGCCAUGGACGAAACUUAUAUGCUGGACCUUGCGGCCAUUGAUACACCCACGAGCGUCUACUCGCACUUCAAGAAGCCUGCGCUGUCGCGGCCUUCGUCGGGCAGCUCGAUACCGAGCCUGAGCCCCAAGUUUAGCCUAGAAAAGUGUGUUGGCGCGCUCAUGAUACGUCCCAGCACUGUCGAGAGAUAACAUCGACUUGUGAAUUGUGAUAUAGCA